CUGUGAGGCAGGGAGAGAAAACAGGAGCUGCCCAUAAAUUGCUUUGGAAAGGAGAGGGGAGAGAAAGAGCUGGAGACAGAGCAGAUGCAUUGGCAGGAGCAGAGCUGGAGGUUUUUUUUUUUGUCUCUCUCUCUCUCCCUCCUGUCUCUUUUGUUGUGUCGGCACAGAUAAAAAUCUGAUGAACGUGGGCAAGGACCACCACCUCCACCACCACAUCUCUGCAAGCUUGUCAUUCCCAGCCUGUUUGCCAGAGCUGAAUCUAGUGUGGAGCUGCUUGUGCGGCAAGCUAACGGCGGGCUAGCGGGGGGGCUGCAAGGCAAAGGAGGCGAGGAAAAAAAGAGGAGGAGGGGCUGUGGUGAGCUGGUGGGCUUCCUCUGCCUCACAGACACAUUUUAUUGACUUGCUAAUUGGAUGAGGCACUCGGAGGAGAGGAUGCGGUGACCGAGAGGAGCUGCUCUCCAGAGGAGGGAUACAGGCACAAGGAAGCAUCGCUUGGGUUGCUUAAAUCUGGCUACUUUAUCUCCUUUUUUUAAAUGUUCUGGAGACAUAACAACAGAUGUUUUUCAGCAUCUCUCAGUGACCCUCACACCGUGCAUACAUAAUUUUAUGCGUGACAUUGUCGAAUGGAGGCUCCAGCUGCCAGACGCUUCGUGACAAGUGAAUGAUUUCCAUUUUGAUGUUUUUUCACCCUGUUCCCUUUCACCUGUUUUUUCUCUUGGGCUGAUCAUCUGAAGCUCCUUUUUUUGUCAGCCUUGUUUGAUGUGCCAUUUGAUGUGAAUGAUAAGCUGAUGGCAAGAGAGCAUCUUCAUUUGUGCACAAAUAAAAUGUACAAUGGAUAUUCUUCAGGGAAAAUGAAGACUCUUCAUGUCUUUAUUAAGGCUGUAAAAGGAAAGGAAGGCAGGAUUCCUGUCAACUCCAUCUGCCAGAUAGAUCAGACUGAGACAUCAUCAGCUACACAAGGUUUGAGCAGGUGUCUGAUCCAUAUUUGAUCGUAGAUUUUCUUUUUCUUCUGCCUCAGUCUUGUCCUGGUUGCCAUGACUGAGGUUUGCAGGUCUGGCUAGGUCAGAGAGCAGGUGCCACUGUGCUCAGGUCUGCUGUCCCAAUGAGCAAAGCAGGCAACCCACAGAAACGCACCACCUACCUCAUUUCCCUCACUCUGGUGAAGGUUGAGGCUGUGCCAGAGGAUGUAGCAGGGAACCAAGUGGAGAAGGAGCCCCUUCCAGAGGGGGAAGGGAGCCCUAAGAGGGAGGAGGAAGAGGAGGUAGGCGAUGCCCCUAAAAGGGAAGAAGAACCUGCAUGUGUGCAAUUGGUGGAAAAAGAAAGCACACAGGUGGAAGAAGAAUUGGAACAGGUGCCGGUCAAGUAUGGCAGCCCCAAUAAGAACUGGGGAAAACCUGAGAGGAGAGAAACUCAUGGACACCAAAAAGACUUUGUAUCGGUCGGUAAAAGCAAAGACACUUCUUUUGUGCAUCCACCUGUGAAGCAAAUGGUGAAAGUGUACGGAGGAACCAGCUUUGAGGGAACUGUGCGCAGAGAGGGGCCUCGCUCAGAUGCCAUGCGUCCUAAGACGGAGCUCUACAGGGAGCCCCCCAUGCUUUUCCUAAAGGGUGAAAAUGGAGCAGACCUGAACAGUCGUUCACGUUGCAGCCUCCCUUUUUCCGUCCCGCCGCAGGUCAGCCAGCGCCCUGAAGUCCUGAUGAGGUCUCAUGCAGGAGGCAACUCUGCAUGCUGGAGGGAGCUCAGAGAGGCCAACGCAAGCUUGUAUCACUCUGCUAAGACUUUGGACCGGAGGGAUAACCGCAUCGGGGACCAGUCCCCCUUAAUGGCAGCUUCAACUCUGGGGCCUUACAGGGCGUCCUGGGCCGACAGCGAUGGUAGGGGCACGCUCAUUCGCCCUGGAGCUCCCAUCAGUGGAGGAUUCACAGGCGUGAUGACCAGGGACAGCCCUCAGGGGGAGAGAUUUAAGACAGUUUCAGUUUCCUUGCCUGCACCUCCUUCCACUGAUGUGCCCAGGCCUCAAAGAAAAGGUACAAGUCGUACCCUGGACAACAGCGACCUACAUUCCCUCUCUGAGGACCUGAAGAAGGGGAAGGACGGCCAGGGAGGAACAAUCCAGAGAGCUCCCGCCCGUGAUCGAAAGAUGCUCAAGUUUAUUAGUGGGAUUUUCACCAAAAGUACAGCUGUGCCACCCAGCGUCAACACUGCACCGCCCCUCUAUCCAGCUGUAGAGAGGGGCUCUAGUGAGGAGGAAGCUGGAUGCACCAGCAGUCAAGAAUGGACCAUCAGCCAAACUGUACAAGAACUUCACCUGGGUGUUUUGGGAGGUCUGUGCAGCGGGAAGUCUGCUCUGGUCCACAGACACUUGACAGGAAGUUACCUGCCACUGGAGAACGCUGAGGGGCGCCAGUACAUUAAAGACGUCCUGGUUGACGGACAGAGCCACCUGUUGAUAAUCAGAGAGGAGACAGAACUCCCUGGUGCUCAGUUUGCAAGUUGGGUGGAUGCAGUUAUCUUGGUCUUCAGUUUGGAAAAUGAGGCCAGCUUCCUGGAAGUUUACAAAAUCUACCACCAGCUUGCUAUCCACCGGCCGGUCACUGAGAUACCGUUCGUAGUAGUCGGCACACAGGAUAAGAUCAGCAGCAGCAACCCCAGAGUAAUAGAUGAUGCCAGGGCCAGACAGCUAUGCUCAGAUGUGCGGCGCUGCACUUACUAUGAAACCUGUGCUACGUAUGGCCUCAAUGUGAACAGAGUCUUCACUGAUGCUGCUCAGAAGAUUAUGGCAGCCAAGAAGCAAGCUGCCCUCCUGGCUUCCUGUAAAUCUCUCCCUAACUCUCCCAGUCACUCUGGAGGCUCCACCCCAGUGUCUGGCAUCUUUCCAGGACAGGCCAGUAAUGGUGGUCAGAGCAGUGACUACUCCUCAUCACUUCCCUCCACUCCUGUGAUUAGUCAUAAAGAGAUCGGCAGGACAGUGAGAGGGGAGAAACAGGACAGUGCCACCCCAGGGUCGGUCCGCAGUGCCACCCGAAGACGCACAUCCCGAUUUGCGGGCCGGAGAGGCAGUGACUCAAACAGACGGAGUGCAGACUGUAAGGGAGAUCUGGGCAGUGGACGCUCAAUUCCCAUCAAACAGGGCAUCUUGCUGAAGCGCAGCGGGAACUCGCUCAACAAAGAGUGGAAGAAGAAGUAUGUCACGCUGUCCAACGAUGGCAUACUCUCCUAUCACUCCAGUGUCAAUGACUACAUGCUAAAUUCCCCGGGGAAAGAGAUGGAUCUGCUGCGGGUGACGGUGAAGGUGCCGGGAAAGCGGCCACCACGCGCUGUACCAACCUGCGGCCCUCCAGUCGGGCUCAAUGGGCGAGUCAAAGAUGUGCAGGGACCCGAGGGACUCAGCCCAGUUCCUGUAAGUACCAGUGGCCUCCUGCAAGUGGAGGAAAUGGAAGGGCUGGGUGGUGCACUGUUCCUGAGGAGUAACAGAGGCGUGCAGCGAUGUCCUUCCACGUUAUCUAACCACGCUCAAAGUGUUGACUCUGCAGUGGAGGGCGUGUCCAGCUCCUCCUCCACCAAAGAUGUAGGCUCCGCCUCCCCAGUGACAGACAGGAAGAAGCAUCGCAGAAAGAAGAGCAUGAACCAGAAGGGAGAUGCAACCAUCGGCCAAGCAGAUGCCAAGCGCAAAAUGUGGAAACUUAAAAGCUUUGGUAGCUUAAGGAACGUAAGCAAGACAGAUGAGGAUAAUUUUGACUUCCUCAUUGUGUCGAGCACUGGUCAGACAUGGCACUUUGAAGCCCAGAGUGUGGAGGAGAGGGACUCCUGGGUUCAAGCCAUCGAGAGCCAGAUCCUGGCUAGCCUACAGCUGUGUGAGAGCAGCAAGAACAAGGCUCGCAAGAACAGCCAGAGUGAAGCAGUGGCUCUUCAGGCGAUUCGCAAUGCAAAGGGCAACAACUUCUGUGUUGACUGUGAUGCUCCAAAUCCAACCUGGGCCAGUCUGAAUCUGGGCGCUCUCAUUUGCAUCGAGUGCUCUGGGAUCCACAGAAACUUGGGGACCCACCUAUCGCGUGUUCGCUCCCUGGACCUCGAUGAUCUGCCACGAGAGCUCACGCUGGUUCUUAGCGCCAUUGGCAACCACAUGGUCAACAGUAUAUGGGAGGCGCGCACCCUGGGACAUCGUAAACCAAUGCCUGAUGCUACUCGAGAGGAACGUGAGUCAUGGAUCAGGGCCAAAUAUGAGCAGAAACUGUUUGUGGCGCCGUUGCCACCUCCCACCCCUAGCGAGGGCCCAGACAUCACACUAUCUGGCCGUCUUCUGUUGGCAGUGAUGGAGCACAACCUCCCCAAGCUGCUGCUCUUUUUGGCCCACUGCACUAAGGAGGACAUUAAUGCCCCUCUCAGCCUGGCGCUCUCCUCCAGGUCGCUCUUGGCGCUGCGGCUUCCUGGCUCUGCCCUACAUGCUGCCUGUCAGCAGGCCGAUGUGGUGAUGACGCAGCUUCUGGUUUGGUAUGGCUGUGAUGUUCGGUAUCGGGAUGCUCAGGGGCAGACGGCGCUGGCUCUGGCUCGCAGUGCUGGCAGCCAAGAGUGUGUCGACAUCUUGCUCCAGUACGGAUGCCCAAAUGAACCAGCCCCCUCCAUUGCCGCGACAGUCGGCUUCGCAGCGGCCGCAACCUCCAGCUUCCCUGUUGCCAUGACGCCGAGCCUGACGGUUGCCACGACACUCAAGAUCUCGCACAAGAGCGGCGGCGGCACCAGCUUGAGUUACAGCACCUCCAGACGAGCAGUGUCAUAAUUGAAAUGUGGUGUGGUGAAAGUGUGUGUGUGUCAGCUUGUCGCUUUGCCCUCAUAGUGUCCUGUACAUUCACGCAGGUCAGUGGGAUUGAUGAACACGUCGCCAGAUGUUGCACUCCUGAAGCCAGACGAGGUUUAAUAGGGUGUGUUUGUGUUUGUCAGGGAUGAAAACACUCACUGGUAAUCAACACAGGCACAUUCAGUCUGCUAGAAUGGUUUAACCAAAACAAAAAGAUAAAUUUUCCUGACUACACUUUGUACGUAGGCAGUUAGAUAAAAAAAAAAAGACAUUUGGAUGCCUCUGCAUUCAGAUUUAAUAGGGAUGUAUUGCACUGUAUACCAGCUGGUAUGAUUCAUAUGUCACCAUCCGGUCAAUAUUCAACUUUAUUCUUCACUCAGUUAAGAAUGGAAAUUUGCCUUUGGCCUAAAAUAGCUUAUCAUAUAAAAAACUGCAAUAAGUUUACUGUUUGAUAGAUGGACGUCUCGGUCUGUCUUUACCCGCUUGAAAUACCAAUGUUAAACACAUCAAGAGUUUUUAACUUUAUUGACAACGAAUGUUACAAAAUCAGAUCAGAGAGAGUGCAUAUGUUAUGUUCAACAGAGCCGGGCAUUGAGCUGUGCAUAAAUAAUGUUGUGUAAGUUGAUUAUAAAAAAAACUUUACAGUGGCUGAAAAGUGAGGCUGUUUUAAAGAUAAUCAAAAUAACUGUAUAGAGAUGAAUUGAUAAAAAUAUUAUAAUUCUAAAAAAAGUGCUUCAUUUUCAAGAUUGUUAUUGUACGAUUUGUACAGUUGGUUCUGUGUAUAAAACUCAAAGGGUUACUCAUAGCUGUUCAGAGAUUUACAGCCUCUUGGUUUCCUUUGAUAACCACCUGAUUAACUCUUUGACACCCAAGACUGAGAUUUCUAUGUUAUGUUUGUAUCACUGUGUGUGACAUGAACACUGUACAUGAUGUGUGCAUUAAUACCUGCAGAGCAAGUGACUCCAGCAGCAGGUCAUUGUCAAGGCGAGUGUAAUACUGGAUGUGUAUAUGAACAAGUGAAAAUGAAAUGCCUUGAUUUUGAUUGAAUGUACAAAAACAGAUGAUUUGAGGUCGUUAUUUUAAACACUUAACAUGCGUUAUCCAGAUGAUACAGCUGUGGUUCCAUCCAUGUUUUGGUGGACUGUCGGGGCGUUUUAUGUUUUGAUUAACUAAUAUUAUUCCUGCUGUGACUAAUAGAAAUUAAAAGUAUGGUUUAAUAGAUUAAAACUGCUAAGUCUUGACACUUAAAGGUUCUGAUCUAUAAAACGGGGCCUUCGAAUGAACGUGUUUGUAAGUGGCUGAAAAUCAACAUGAAAUAGAGGAAUGUUUCCCAAAUUGAUAUUUUAAAAAAUGACAUAAAAAACAAUCCUCCUGCAGUACUGUAUGUAUUUUUGUGUUGAUCUGAAGACUCUUCGCUGAGUGUACAUGUCUGUGAUGUAAGCAUCUCUUUCCAUUUGUAUUUUUUUACUCAUGCAAUGAUUCAUAGAGCAUUCAUUAUCAAUACACUAAGGCUACUGCCCAA